AUGAACAACUUACUUUACUCCUCAGCGAUAUACCUACUUUUGAUGACGGUUACUACAUCUGCUGUGACUCCGCAAUAUUCUAACGAAACCACAUCUACCGUUGUCAGCAAUAAUAAUCUCUUCAGUGAACUUGGUUUCUCAGUUGAGAAUAUUAAUGUCGGCCCAAAUGCUGUGAUAAUGACUGCUCAAAACAAUGUAUCCACUUCUUCAAUAUCAACAACCUACUACACAUAUCCGACUAAUGCAUCAGAAGAAAUAUCUACUACUGAUGGCAGUGCUACUUACAAAAACCGGAAUUCAACUUUAAUUUCACUUUCUGUUUUAUCAAAUAUUACCUCAAGUAUCAAAAAAGUAGGCACUCAGUCGACACCUUCUUCAGGUAUUGUUUCAAAUUCUUACAAUACUACUACUAUGGUACCAUCUGGCUCCAAUAAUAAUUCUUCAACACAAGUAAUAAGCAAUUUUACCUCUGCUUUGCCUUCAGCACGCUAUGAAAAUACCAACUACACAACUUCCAGGGCAUAUGGUAAUGGUACCUCUAGUACAACUAACAGUAUGGAAAAUACAACAUCUACCACGAAGGUUCCAGUAUCUAACAUAACUGCUAGUCAAAUUGGUUACUCAAAUGUUACUUUUACAACGGAAAUUCUAAAUUCAUCACUUACUUUCCAAAGACAGGCAAUAAGUUCAAUUCCAACAAAUUCAAGUUCUGCUCAGUUUUAUGCUAAUUCUACAAUGUCAAGUGAUACUCCAGUAAAUACCCCGACAGAAUAUUUAAACGCAACUUCGACUUUGAAACUUUCAACUUCAACAAAUUAUUUGAAUUCAACUUCCAGUGUCACAACUAAGGCUAUUUCGAUUUCAUACAAUAGUUCUGUCUCCGAAAGCAGUAUUUCAAAUCCAAAUACAAGUUCUUCACAGGUUGUAUUCUACAACUCCAGCCGUAAUUCAAUCGCCACAAGUAUAAUCGCAGCUACUUCCUCAGCAAUGAAUGCAAACAAAACCUCUCUGAUCGUGAACUCUAGUUUAUCAUCAAUUUACACUUCUACUGCUCCAAUAACGAAGACUAGUGCUGUCACUACCCAAUGGGCAUUAAAAAAUGAAAGUUUAACUCAAAGUACUUUUAGUAACAUUUCAAGUAACUCCAUCGAAUCUUCACGUGUUUCCAUUCAAAGUUCUAAUAUGACUUCUACUUCAAACCAACUAACUUUAACUGAACCUCAUUUUGACAACGCAACUGCAACCCCAACAAAACAAUCAACAUUGUACAACAGUACUAUAUCUAUUCCAGGUGGCAUGGCCAAUAUCAAUAUAACUUAUAGUAUCGUUCCUGUAUCUUCUCAACAAGAUAAAGAUGGGGAUAGUGUAACUAUUUCAACUUCAUCUUACGUCACGCCUGCCGCUUUCUCCAGUUAUAGUCUUAACUCAACAAUACCGACUUCAGUUAAAUUUGGAAAUAGCUCUACCAUUCAAUCAACAUCAAGUUAUUCAGCUAUAGUUACAGGAGUAUCUGUUGGAAAUUCAACUUAUCAAACAGGCCAAAAUGCAUCAUUAACUAUUAACAACACAUAUACUUCUACCACAAUCGAAAAUACUGCUGCUAAUUAUGGUAAUAAAACUUCAACAACCUCAACCUUCGAUGCAAGUACUAUUAUUCUACCGUCUACUGAUGCAAAUAAAGAUGCUAAUUCAAAAUCUGCCACAAUUUUAUCUCAACUGAACGUUACAUUAUUGAAUACUGUUUCUAGUGCUUCAACUACAUCAAGUAUUGGUGCUUCUGUAGUUUCUAGUACUACAGCAUUAAAUAGCACCCAGUCUGUCAGUUCUGCUAUGCUAGGAUCGUCAUUAGGUCCCAUCAAUAACUCACAGAACUACUACAUGAACACUUCAUCUGUUUCUUCGAUCAUGAUGACAACUGUACCGACUCUAACUGGUCAAAAUAACAAUGUGAAUCCAACUGGUAGCUUACAAUUGGAGCCGGUCUCUUCAAAAUCAAACUUGAACGACACAAAUAGCUCUAGUCAUCUGAUAGAAAUUUCUUUAAGUGGUAGUAGUACUUUAAGCUUUAUUAAUAGUCAAAGUGAGACAUUAACCGAUGGUACUUCCAAAUUGACUACUUCCGUAGCAUCCACUGGUCCAAAAUCCACUUAUGUUUAUGACAUUGAUCCAACGAACCCAAGAAAAUCAUCUAACAUUUCAUCUAUUUCAACUGCAGUUGAAAAAGAUCCUUCUAAUUCUACCUACGUAACUGCGAAGUCCUCAAGAUUAACAACAGACCAUAGCACAGGUGUUGUAUCUGUUUCUAUUGAUUCCAUUCAAGUUUCUAAAUCUCAAUCUCAAAGAAAGUCUUCUAUCCUGAGUAACUUGGCUACCUCUUCUGCUAUAAGUGAUCCAGAGGUACUAUCUUCUAUUAUUGAUAGCAUUACUUUAUCUAGUACAACCGAUGAAAGAAUAACUUCAACUUCAACAUCAGAAGGUUCAAUAAUAACAUCGCAUAUUGGUCAAGAUACAGAAUCAAUUUCUAUCGAACCUAAAUCUUAUGUGGUUCACUCUCAAACGAUAACUGACAUCGAUUCAACCAUUCCAAGUAAGAGUAUUGAUUCAAAUCACUCAACUCCUAUUGUCAACACAAUGGAACAUGCUUCAUCUUCUGUGAAACCAUCACAUUCUGUUUCAACUAAUAGAUCUAACAAUGAAACAAUUGAAGAACAUUCAACCAGAUCAGGAUCUCAAGUUGAAUAUCACACAUCUAGUAAAGUUCAUUCCGUUGACCGUAACAAUUUUGCAACAGCUUCCGUCUCUGAUCUAAAGUCAGAUACCACAAUGAGCUCUGCCACUACACAAUUCGAAACCGAUUCCUCUUUCAUAACUUCCUCCGCCACAAGAUAUAGUGCCACCUCAACAACCACUCAUUCACCUAUCAAAUAUACAGGUUCUGCAUCCAACGUCAUCAUUAAUUUCGGACAAGUCAUUAUUAUUCCAAUUAUAAUGACCAUUUUGUUUAUGUAA